AUGAACGGCGGCAGCGGCGCCGCCGCCAAGAUGGACGGUUCCCGCUUGCUGGGAGUCGCCGAGAAGCUGCUCAACGCGCGGGAUCUGGUGGGGAGCAAGAAGUUCGCGGAGCUGGCCAUGGAGUCUGAGCCUCUCCUGGAGGGCGUUGACUGGGUGCUAGCCGCGUCCGACGUUCUUCUGGCGGCGGGGAGGCGCAGAGUCAACCACCACGUUGACUGGUACGAGGUCCUCCAGCUCGGUCCCUCUCCAGAGGACCACGACAUCUCCGCCGUGCGCCGCCAGUACCGCCGCCUCGCCCUCCUCCUCCGUCCGAACAGCCGCCCACCUUCGGACGCCGCCGAGGAGGCGUCCAAGAUUGUGGGGAACGCGUGGGCGGUCCUCUCCGAUCUCGUGAAGAAGGAGCUCUACGACAAGGAGCUCCUCAUCGCCGCUUCGACGGAGCAAACGGCCGGCGGUGGCGGCGCCGCCGCCACCGCCGCCGAGAGCCGGCAGGCGCCGUCUGAUUCCGGCGCCAAUGGCGGCACCUCUUUCUGGACGGCAUGCAGCAAUUGCUUCUACCUGCACCAAUACGCGAGGGGAUACGAGGGAAGAACCCUAAUCUGCCAGAACUGCCGGAGACCUUUCCCGGCGACGGAGCUGGCGCAUCCGCCGCCGAUCGUACCAGGGAGCGACUUGUACUACUGUGCAUGGGGACUGUUCCCUCUAGGGUUUCCUGGGCACUCCAACUUCGCCGCCGGGGCGCCGAAGAUGGCUUCUCCGGCAGAGGGUACCCCAUGGAAUUCGCCCUUCUUCCCAGGGUUUUGCCCUGAUCCAUUUGCUGCCCAUCGGACGGGAGAAUGGGCUGAAGGGGAGUGUAAUGGAGCCCCAGCUGCGGAGGUUGGUGGCGGGGGGCAGAAGAAGAUGAAGCGGAGCUUCGCGGCCGUGAAGGAGAAUGAGGACAUGUGGAGCUCAGGGAAGAAUCAGAAUCAGAACCAGAACCAGAGUUUGCCGAGGACCACCCCAGCGUCUCAGAAGGCCUCGAGGGAGAUGAGGAAGAAGGUGAUGGCGAGAAGACCGAGGAAGCACCCCCCUGCGGGGGCUGCUGCGCCAUUUACGGAAGCAGAAGUUGCAGUCGAUCCUCGAGACAAGGACGACAUGGAGGUGAGAGAGGAACUGGGUUCCAACCAUGGAAGUGCAAGAAAGGACAUCGUUCAUCGGUCAAAGCCUUCGCCUCCGUCACUGAAGGUGGAGGAGAUUGUGGCUGUUGAUAGGAUCUAA